GAGGCGCGGGUGAGGCGGCGGGGGGGGUGUCCCGCUGCGGGCCCCGGUCCGCGCCCCGCUGGGCCUAGCCGGGGGUGCGGGGCCGCCGGGAAGCGGGGGGGUGAGGGUCGGCGCUCGGGGUGACGCGCUGUUGUGCCCGCAGGUUGCCCGUCCUUUCCCGAGCUGCGUGUGGUAACAGUAACGCGGAUUCCAUGUCUUUUCUUCGGUGGGUGUCUGAAAAGUUCAUUGUUGAGGGCUUAAGAGAGUUUGAACUGUUUGGAGACAAAUGAGGCGAGCUCCGAGUCGAUAGCUCCUUCCCCUAAAAGGGACACCAUGAACAACUUCCAACCAGACAGCAGCUGUUACGAGUUGCUCACUAUCAUAGGCAGAGGGUUUGAAGACUUGAUGGUUGUGAACCUGGCCAAGUAUAAACCCACAGGAGAGUAUGUCACAGUCAGAAGAGUGAACUUGGAGGCCUGCACAAAUGAAAUGGUCACAUUCUUGCAGGGGGAACUUCAUGUUUCCAAGCUCUUCAACCACCCUAACAUCGUGCCAUACAAAGCAACUUUCAUAGCUGACAAUGAGCUGUGGGUGGUGACGUCUUUCAUGGCCUAUGGUUCUGCAAAAGAUUUAAUCUGUACCCAUUUUAUGGAUGGGAUGAGUGAACUGGCCAUCGCAUAUAUCCUCCAAGGCGUAUUGAAAGCACUUGACUACAUCCACCAUAUGGGCUAUGUACAUAGGAGUGUCAAAGCCAGCCAUAUCCUGAUCUCUGUGGAUGGGAAGGUUUACCUCUCUGGCCUGCGCAGUAAUCUCAGUAUGAUCAACCAUGGGCAGCGACUCAAAGUUGUUCAUGACUUCCCCAAGUACAGCAUCAAAGUCCUGCCUUGGCUCAGCCCUGAAGUCUUGCAGCAGAAUCUCCAGGGGUACGAUGCAAAAUCUGACAUCUACAGCAUAGGGAUAACAGCCUGUGAGCUGGCAAAUGGCCAUGUACCAUUUAAAGACAUGCCUUCUACUCAGAUGCUGUUGGAGAAGCUGAAUGGAACUGUUCCCUGCCUGCUCGACACCACCACAAUUCCUGCUGAUGAGCUGACCAUGAAGACCUCCCGUUCGAGUGCUAAUUAUGGGAUGGGUGAGAACAUGGCUGUCAGCAACGUGAGAGCAGCCAAUGGAGAGCCAACCCUGCACCCUUAUCUUCGGACCUUCUCCACCUGCUUCCAUAACUUCGUAGAGCAGUGCCUCCAGCGGAACCCCGACUUCAGGCCGAGCGCUGGCACUCUGCUGAACCACCCCUUUUUCAAGCAGAUCAAGCGCCGCGCUUCCGAAGCACUCCCCGAACUUCUGCGCCCUGUCACCCCAAUCACCAACUUGGAAGGAACAAGGCCUCAGGAUCCCAGUGGCAUUUUUGGGCUGGUAUCAAACCUGGAGCAGCUGGAUGUGGAUGACUGGGAAUUCUAGAGAAACAGGGACUACGCCUGGUUCUGGAGGAGCUUUCUGGACAUUGUAAUUUAUUGGUUGUGCUCAUAAAAGGUGAUGAAUGUUACACACAGAAGAGUUUACAGGUCCUUGGGAAGGAACUUCAGCUGCCUGUUUACUUACGAAGUAGCCUGGAAACAAAUGGACAGACCCGAGCUGGAAAAGGAUCAGCCCCAAGGAGCUGUGGAGUCCUCCGGAUGGUGCUGUGCCCAGAGCUCCAGUUGUUACAGCUGAGCACUGGUAGAUCACGCGAGUGGGUUGAGUGGGUCUCUGUAGUUAUGGUCUCUGUUGAUGUGUUUCUAAAAAUCACUGGCUUCCUCAUAUCACAGUUGAAGGCUGCACGUCCCUACCCUCUUUGGUUCUUUCUCCUUUAAGGUGCCUUAGAGUUACAGGGAGGUGGGCAGCUCUUAGUUGGAGGCAUUCUUAGAGCUCCUCAGAGUUGUCACAGGGUAAGUUUUGACAGUGGGGGGAAAAAAAGGGAUGAUGUUCUUAAAUUUAGUUCCUGCUUUGAGGUGGAAGAUGUCCAGGCACAGGCACUGCACUGGGUGUUCUCUGCAGCACUGCAUUCUUCUCUUCCAGUUCUGGAGUGCGCUUUUGAGGCUCCUCUUACUUGAUCCCAAGCACUCUGAGUGCCAGACGGGGUGUUCCAGCCUCUCCUCCCAGGGCUGCCUGGGUCACCAGCCCAAGUGUACCCCUUUACAAUGCACCAGCUUUCUUAACCCCCAGCACAUCCAGCUGAGCCUCCCGUUAGCUGGGCUGGUUUCACAGCACCAGCCACUCGCACCAGCUUGUUCUCAGUGACUGACCCUGGCACACAGGAAAACUAAGUUGAUUUUCAUGCAGAAUUCUCCUGCUCACAACUCUUUGAACAUAAUGUACAGAAUUCUCUUCAGCCUUCCAUUACCAUUGCUGUUCUGCCCUCCCUGACUGACUGACAGGUAAAAGCGUGGCUCCCCUUGAUUCAUGGCUGUGUGACUCUGCCCUGCUCUUGCAGCAGCGCUUCCCCUUCCAUGGAGUUGGGUUUUGGAGGUGUAGUUAAGGCUUUUAGUUUGACCUUUCCAAGGACCAUGGGUGUUGGAGGUGGAGCAGUGGUGCUGGCCACGGGUCCUUCUUGUGUUUAUAACCUGUACUUGAACCCAGAUAAAGUUUGUUACUCUAGUUUUUUGCCAAAACAAAUAAACUAUUUCUGAAGUUG